AUGAAUGUGUAUGCCCGUUGGCCAGGCUCUACACAUGAUGCCACAAUAUUUAACAACUCAAUUCUUAGAGCACAAUGUGAUGCGGGUCUGUUUGGUAACCGCUGGAUGCUUGGUGACAGUGCUUAUCCAAACGGGCCAUAUUUGUUAACACCUCUUAUAAAUCCUGUUACUGAAGCUGAACAGCGCUAUAAUGAAGCACACAUAAAGACUAGGAAUGUUAUUGAAAGAACAUUUGGUGUCUGGAAGUGUCGCUUCCCUGUUGUGGCAUUAACACUGCGUUUAUCAUUGCCUAAGGUUCAGGCAAUAAUAAUAGCUACCGCAGUGUUGCACAAUAUUUGUAGGAACCACAAUUUAGAGGAAGUUCCUUCAGAAGUGGAGCUGCCAACAGCGGAAAUAAAUGAAGAAGUGUACUAUAUGGAAGUUCAGAAUGUUAGUGAAAGAACAGCCCUUAUAAAUAAUUAUUUUAGAUAA